GCAGCGGAAUUCUUGUGCCCCGAUGGGCUCCGCCGCCCGGGCUCCCCGGGAGCUCGCCUAGGCGUUCUCCGAGGCCGGCUCCCCCCGCCGCCCCCCGACCGGGUGACGCGCUCCCCACCACCCGUGGGACGGCGCGCGCGCGCGGGCUCGCCCCCGAGAGGGCAUGUGGGGGCGGGGAUCCGGAGCUCGUGUUGCGCUGGCCUGAGGGGCCUGGGCCGCAAGGUGGACGCCGUGACUGCAGCGGCCGAGGCCAAAGGACCUGCCGCGGCUCGGUCCCGGAGAAAGAGGGCCCCGCUGCCUCGCCACCCGGCCGGUGCCCGGAGAAACCAGCUCAGAGAAUUGGUGGGAUUUGCCCCAGGUCUCCCACCCAGCACGCCAGCGCCAAGGACCUGGGUGUUGGCACCUGAGGAUGGUGGUUGUCGCUCUCCUGUAUUAAGGCCAGAAGCCAGGGAGCCCUCAGUGACCACGGAUCCUCCGGACAGCUUCGCAGCCUGACCCCGCCCCGCUGCGGCAGCGCCAGCACCAGCUCCAGCACAAGGACAGACACCCUGGACUGCCAGCUUCCUUGCCUGGGAGGAGGAGGAGAAAUCCGACAAGUCGGGCCUGAGUGUGCUCUGGGGGACAGGCCGUUGGUCCCAGAAUGCCCCUGCCUGAGCCCAGCGAGCAGGAGAGCGAGAGUAUGAAGACCGGCCAGGAGCCGUCCCCUGAGACUGGCACAGAUGUGGUCCCCGCAGCCCCCACAGACCCCAAUGAAUACUUCAAUCUGGUCCUGGUAACGAUCUGCAGUGGGGACGGGGAUGGCGUGGACUCCCUGCCCAAAGAAGUGCACUGCGCCAUGUCCCUGGAGGUGUCUGGCCCCGACACCCUGGGCAGAACCCUCCAGACACUGCCCGCAGAGGAGCAGGGAGGGCCCGCCCAGCCAGGCCCCCAGCCCCUUGAGCAGAAAUGCAGCCAGCCCGACACAGCAGCCCCCAAGCCCCUGGAGUUCCUGAGGACCCCGUUCGGGGGCCGCCUCCUGGUGCUGGAGUCCUUCCUGUACAAGCAGGAGAAGGCUGUGGGGGACAAAGUGUACUGGAAGUGCCGCGAGCACACGGAGCUGGGCUGCCGCGGCCGGGCCAUCACCCGAGGCCCGAGGGCCACUGUCAUGCGGGGCCACUGCCACGCCCCUGACGAGGAGGGCCUGGAGGCCCGGCGCCGGAAACAGAAGCUGCUGCGCCUGCCGGAAGGCUUGGGGAGUCCCCAGGUCCCCGGAGGCCAGGUGGAGGAGCCACUCAAGGGGGUCGGCCCAAGGCUGUGCCCCGAGGAGCCAGAGCCCGGCCCAGAGCAGUACUUCCGGCGAAGCCUGUCCAUGCUGACCUUGCCUCUCAGGAGCCUGCCCCUCAAGAAACGCCGGUUACUGAUGUUUGAGCGCCCGCCCUUCGAGUUCCUGAAGACCUGCUAUGGGGGCAGCUUCCUGGUGCACAAGUCCUUCCUGUACAAGCGGGAGAAGGCUGUGGGAGACAAGGUGUACUGGACGUGCCGGGACCACGUCCUUCACGGCUGCCGCAGCCGGGCCAUCACCCAGGGCCAGCGAGUGACCGUGAUGCGUGGCCACUGCCAUCCGCCCGACAUGGAGGGCCUGCAGGCCCGGCGGCAGCAGGAGAAGACCAUGGAGACACAGAGGGCCCGGCCAGGCGGCCCCGGGGGCCAAGUGGACAAGCUGCUCCAAGGCGUGGACAGCCUGCUGUACCACAGGGGGCCCGGCACCCUGACUCUCACCAGGCCCCGUCCCAGAAAGCACGCGAAGCCACAGGCCCUGCAGGAGUCUCCCCCCAGGGACCAGGAAAGGGGCCUGGGAGGCCCUGAGUUCCUGAGGACCCCUCUGGGGGGCAGCUUCCUGGUGCACGAGUCCUUCCUCUACAGGCGGGAGAAGGCCGCCGGCGACAAGGUGUACUGGACGUGCCGGGACCAGGCCCGCAUGCGCUGCCGCAGCCGGGCCAUCACCCAGGGCCAGCGGGUGACCGUGAUGCGAGGCCACUGCCACCCCCCUGAUCUGAUGGGCCUGGAGACCCUGAGGCAGCGGGAGAAACGCCCUGGGGUCGGCCAGAGGGGGAAUUCAGGAGACCCUGAGUUCCUGAGGACCCCUCUGGGGGGCAGCUUCCUGGUGCACGAGUCCUUCAUCUACAGGCGGGAGAAGGCCACUGGCGACAAGGUGUACUGGACGUGCCGGGACCAGGCCCGCAUGGGCUGCCGCAGCCGGGCCAUCACCCAGGGCCAGCGGGUGAUGGUGAUGCGCAGGCACUGCCACCCGCCGGACCUGGGGGGCCUGGAGGCCCUGAAGCAGCGCGAGCCGUUCCCCACCCAAGUCCUGAGGGAAGGUUCAGGACCCCCCCAGCCUCUGGAGUUCCUGAAGACGUCCCUCGGGGGCAGGUUCCUGGUGCACGAGUGCUUCCUCUACAGGAAGGAGAAGGCUGCUGGUGAGAAGGUGUACUGGAUGUGCCGGGACCAGGCCCGGCUGGGCUGCCGCAGCCGGGCCAUUACCCAGGGCCAGCAGGUGACGGUGAUGCGCGCCCACUGCCACAUGCCUGAUCUGGUUGGCCUGGAGGCCCUGAGGCGGCGCGAGCGGCUUCCCAUUGCAGCCCAGCAGGAGGAUCCAGAAAAGAUAAAACUGCUGACUAAAGUUCAACUGUGCUUCAAGAGUUAUUCUCCUGAAAGCCAGCAGAUUAAUGGCGAGUCUCAGUGAGGCCAGUCUCCUUUCCCACCGGUGUCGCCAGCAUCAAGGAUGCUCCAUGUCUAUACAGGACCCUGGCAUUUCCCACCAAAUUAGCUGCUGCUGGAAAAAAGCUCUUUUUCACUCUUUCAAAGCAUCAACAGCCAUCACACUCCUCAAGAGGCCUCCCAGGAGGAACACUCUGAUGGUGUCUUCAUGCAGGCGAGAAGAGUGCCAGAGCUGGCAGCCUGAAGGUGUGCGUGAUGUGGGGAAGGCCUGACCUCCCCAAGAUCUGAAGAAGCAUCUUUUUACAAAGUCUUCCCUGCUCUGCCGCCCCGAGCCACAAACACCUAUCUGUUUUCAGAGCGCGAGACUUUGCCAAGGACUUUCUAGUUGGGUGUGGCCCUGCUUUGGCCAGGGCACGUUUGGGGAACUUCUUGAUUUUUGGAGCUUAGCUGAACUGCCCUGCCUAGCUCCAGCCACUCAGGUGUUUUCUGGGCAGGUGCCACGUGGGCCUUUGUGCCCCGUGGCCACCUGCUGCUGGAGUGCAGCCAUCCCUCACAGUUACAGAGCGGCCAAACCAGAGGCCCCACUACACACUGUCAGACUUCUUUCCCUCACUGUUUUCCAGUUUAAACCCAAUGUCCACGAUCCCCAUGGCAGGGGUCGUUUCUGGCCGUGGGAGCCAGCCCGGAUGUCCACAGGAAGUCAGCAUGGAGCAGACUCCGUCUGGCUGAGGCCGCAGUGCCCUGGGUCACCCACAUUCAUCUGAGGCAGGAGGAGAGGCAGACCUGGAUGGCGGAGGGGUGCAUCUCUUUCUCCAGCCUGGUCACAGCAGAGAGCGGGCCUAGCAGGUCCAGGGGAAGCAGGGGCUGCUGCUUGCUUAUAAGGACUUUUCUUUGACAGCAAGGCUCCUGCAGAGGGAGCAGGCCCUGGAGCCUGCCACCCAGCCAUGGGACAGUGACAUCUCAGUGUCCCUCACUGUCCCUCUGCUUGUUCAUUUCCCUCAAUAAACCUUAUUUAAUAACUCA